AUGCGUGGCGCUCCAGAUCAUGGAGGCCCUGAGUACUAUCCCUAUCCCCCCGGCGGUGCAGAGCCGCCGAUGCAUCUGUACCGCGACUAUGCACCGCCGCGCGGUAUGCCUGCUCCCGGAGGCGAGCCAGGGAUGUACCCACCUAUGCACGAGCGGCCAAUGAUGCAUCCAAACUCGCCUCCGCGCCAGUUUCCACCUGGCCCGAUGCGUUACGCCCACGCCCAGGAACCGAUGGAGCCGAUGGACUAUAUGCCGAUGCACCCUGGCGGCCCUCCCAUGCUCUCUGCGCGCGGCAGGCCGCCGCCAUUGCGCGAGGAUAUGCGCGCACAGAUGAUGUCGCCACUUCCCGAGCCGAUGCCCAUGCCAGUGCCCGUAGAUAUGCCGCGCGCGCCGAUGCGAGAACGCGUUUCCAGGCAUGCACCCAUACCCCCCGCCCCUCUUUCCCCCCCCCGCGCAGGCACUGCCAAUCUCGGCGCGCCGCCCAUUGCGUACGGCGCGCCCGAUGCGCCAUCCGCCAGCAAACGCGAUCGGAAACGCAAAGAGGUGCUGGAAAAAAUCGAGCGGAUGCACUGGGAAGGCAUGGAGAACAGGGAUGCGGCCUACCACGAGCAGUACAUGUCGCUCUCGUCGACCUACCAUGCGCUUCUCAUGCAGCCAAGCAUGGUGCGUGAGUAUACCAUUCAGCUCGCGGACAGCGGUCUGCAGCGGAACGAAACAAUUCGUGCUAUUGAGCUGUACCAUGUAUUCCUCAUGGAGCGCAGCCAGCAUACCAACGCAAUGGAGCGCCAGAAAGUCGAGGACGAGGCGCGAAUAGCGAAGCGCAAUGCGCGCGAAAAGCUGCUGCAUGUAAUCGAAAACAGGAAGCAGCGCCUCAGAGAGGAGAAGGAUGGCGGCGAGUUUGCCGCUGAUUUCCUGCUCGACCCCUCGCUUCGACAGCAGUCCACACGUCAGCUGCGCAACAAAGGCCCCGGUGCAGCGUCUACGCGCCCGAUUCGCCACGCACUGCACGAGGAGGACGAGGUGCCGACCACGGGCGUGCAUGGAAUUGUGCUUGCCGUCGCGCAGUUGCUUGGAUGGCCCGAGCAGGAAGCCGCCAUGGCAAUUGCCGCCGCGGCAAAUACGAAUAGCCUCGAUGAGCACGAGCAUGAUGCACUGCUCGUCGCGUGUGUCGGUCCCGAGGACCAGACGAUGCGGUUGUCGCUGAUGGAAACGUUUGGAUCCCAAGCGUCGCUCCUCUCCGGCGUCAAUCUGACCAUGCAAGCCGCCGCUGCGGCUGCCAACGCUUCCAAGAACAAGAAAAAGGGGGCGCAGAAGCCGACGGCGCAAGUUUUUGCUGCUGACCGUGCUGUCGAUGACGACGAUGCAACGACUGGCACCGGUGUGAAUGUAACGAGUACGUUUAUCCCUAGUGGCAGCGGCCGCCUCCGGUGGGAUACAGCCAAGUGCCUGAGUCAGCUCACGGGCGCGAAAGAUUUCGAGGUGGAGUCGGACCUAAUCAACAUUCACAAGAUCGGCACAAAGCGCCGGCGCAGGUAG